GUUAUUAGUGUGUGUUUACCUGCUGCAAUCUUCUUAAGCAAUGAUGCAAUGUAGCACUCUAAUCCACAAUCUCAAAGGUGGAGGAGAAUGAAAGGGAACUGGUCUGUGGAUAUCUCUGUCAAUAUGAUGGCACACUUCAGUGGUUUGUCUCCCACAAUGUCGUAAUGCACGAGAUGCUAAAGAGGGUGGAGAAGAUGGCUGAUGUCCCAUUAUUCAUUGUGGCCAAUGCUUGUUGAUGAUGCCGCCACUUGACAAAAGUCAAUUUGAAUGAUCUGCUGCUGCUGCUUUUGAUGGCCUCUGGAUGUGAAGAUAAUGCGUUAGGCAAUUCAGAUCCGGCCCAGUUUCGGUCUAUGGCAGCCCAAUUCAUCCAAAUACAUCCGCCGUUUGUAUGGGACACGUGGUGACCAUCCAAAGUGCAUCGUGAUCUGGCGAUGGAGAAAUAUCUUGCGAACAAAAGAGAGAUAAGAAAACCAACGAAUCGCUGGUUCCGCUCUUCCCUAUAAAUUGAGUUUGUGUUAAAAAUCUUCAAAUCCUUUUUAUUUUUUUCCUCUUCUGCCUGCUGCUUCGAUCCGCUCAUGCUGACCAGGUUGCAGUUUCGUUAGACGAUCGCAUGGGUUCGCUGAAGAUUGCUGCAGGUUGGGAUGUCCACGAGCUGAAGCAACGCAGUCAAUUGAGGAACCCUAACUCGUGUGCGGUCGCUUUGCUUUGUUUCGACUCAUCAAAAUCAGGCUUUGGCUUCAGGUUCAUCGUGGGCAAGAAGAAAGCAGGCAAGCAGGGUUCGAGCCGAUUGAAUGUAGGCAAUCGGGAGAAGACUAGUUUGAUUUCUUCUUAUGAAGACGCGAGUGGUUUGUCGCUCAAACGUAGUGUUCGAUUGGAGAAUUUUGUGGUUUGUGGAUUGGAUAGGAAGGAUGGGUCCAUUUUGGCCACUAGAUCUGUCAACAAAAAUGACGGGAAUUUGAACCUUAAGAAUCCGGUCUCAAAGACGCUGGAUCUUCAGGAUAAGACCACAAGUACGAAGAACAGGAGGAAAAUAUGGAAUCGGUUCCAGAGAAUGCAGAAAGCAUCGCAGCAGAAAGUUUCAAGUAUGUUAAUUCCUACAAGCAAGGAUGUGUUUGAGAAAAGGAUUGCUGAAGGCGAAAUUGAUGCUGGAGAAUCUAAUGCUAAUCCUGAUUCUAGUAUGGAACACUGUAACUCUAUUCUUAAGCGCCUUGAGAAGAGAAGUGAGGAAAAGACAGUGCAGUUCUUUGAAUGGAUGAGGCAGUAUGGAAAAGUUGGAGAAAAUAUUGAUGCUUAUUGCUUAGUAUUGCGAGCCUUGGCGAGGAAGGAGGAUUGGUCUAGAGCCAGUAUGUUAAUUCAGGAAAUGACUUCUGAGUCCCUGUGCGAAUUGGAUGUUAAGGUCUUCAAUCCACUAAUAUAUGUAUGUGCCAAAAGGGGGCUAGUUGGAUGGGGAACAAAAUGGUUUCACAUGAUGUUGGAGAAGGGCAUCGAUCCUAAUGUUGCUACGAUUGGCAUGCUUAUGGCACUUUACCAAAAGAAGUCUUGUCUUUCUCAAGCUGAAUUUGCAUUUGGUCACAUGAGAAGAUUGAAAUUGAAAUGCAUCAAAGCAUACUCAGCCAUGAUCACCAUUUGCACUCGCCUCAGGCUGUACCACAAAUCAGAAGAUAUCAUCAGGGUUAUGAACGAAGAGAAAAUCCUUCCAGAUACAGAGAACUGGUUAGUGCGCCUUAAUGCUUACUGUCAACAAGGUAAAACAGAAGAGGCUGAAGCUGUGUUGAAGUCCAUGCUCGAAACUGGGAUGCCUCCCAAUAUUAUUGCAUAUAAUACCUUGAUCACUGGGUAUGGGAGGGUUGCUAACAUGAAGGCUGCAAAGCAUUUAUUUCAAAAUCUUGAAAGUGUUGGUUUAAAUCCCGAUGAAACCACCUAUAGGUCCAUGGUUGAAGGCUUUGGAAGAACUGACAACUAUGAGGAAGCAUUGUGGUACUAUGAGAAACUUAAAAGUUUAGGAUUUCACCCAAACUCUUCCAACUUCUAUACCCUAAUUAAUCUGCAAGCUAAAUAUGGGGAUGUGAUGGGCACUACUCAAACACUUGAAGACAUGAGAAUAGCAGGUUGUCAAUAUUCUUCAAUUGUUAGUAGUCUUCUUCAGGCUUAUGAAAAGGCAGGAAGGAUAGAAAGUGUGCCUCAAAUUCUAGAGGCAUCUUUUUAUCAGAAAAUAUUGUUAGAUGCUACGUCAUGUUCUAUUUUAGCUAUUGCCUAUGUGAAAAAUUCAUUGAUUGAUGAUGCUUUAAGAGUUUUAAAGGAGAAAAAAUGGGAAGAUACUAGUUUUGAAGAAAACUUGUAUCAUCUAUUGAUAUGUUCUUGCAAGGAGUCUAGCCAUUACGAGAAUGCAGUCAAGAUCUAUCUGCAGAUGUCUGAUUCUAGGUUUAAUCAAAAUCUUCAUAUAACAUGUUCUAUGAUUGAUAUCUACAGUGCCAUGGAUAGGUUUAAUGAAGCUGAGAAGUUGUACCUAAAGUUGAAAGAUAACUGUGUCACCCUUGAUAUGAUUGCCUAUAGUAUAGUGGUGAGGAUGUAUAUCCGAGCAGGGUCCCUGGAGAAUGCUUGUGUGGUAUUGGAAAUGAUGGAGAAAGAGAAGAAUGUAGUCCCCGAUACAUUUCUAUUCCGUGACAUGCUUCGGACCUAUCAACAAUGUGGCAUGACACAUAAGUUGGCAAAUGUCUACUAUUGGAUACUUAAAAGUGGAGUUGUAUGGGAUGAGGCAAUGUACAAUUGUGUUAUAAACUGUUGUGCCCGUGCCUUACCUGUGGAUGAGCUCUCAAGGUUGUUUGAGGAAAUGAUGCGGAAUGGGUGUGCCGUCAACACUAUAACUUUCAAUGUAAUGCUAGAUGUCUAUGGAAAAACCGGAAUGCUUAAGAAGGCUUGGAAAGUAUUUUGCGUGGCCCACAAGCAGGGGUUGGCAGAUGUUAUUUCCUACAACACCAUCAUAGCAGCAUACGGAAAAAGCAAGGAUUUCCAGAGCAUGGAAACUGUUAUUGACAAAAUGCAAUCUUCAGGUCACCCUGUUUCCUUGGAAGCAUAUAACUGCCUGCUGGAUGCAUAUGGAAAAGAUAACCGACUGGUGGAGUUCCAUGAUAUUUUGCGUAAGAUGAAGGAAGCUCAGUGUAUUUCUGAUCAUUAUACUUACAACAUUAUGAUAAACAUCUAUGGGACAAAGGGCUGGAUCAAAGAGGUUGCUUGUGUGCUUGCUGAACUGAAGAAUCGUGGGCUUGAACCUGAUUUGUAUAGUUACAACACCUUGAUCAAGGCAUAUGGAAUUGCUGGAAUGGUAGAAGAGGCUGUUAAUGUGGUACAAGAAAUGAGGAGUAGAGGGAUUAGACCUGACAGAAUAACAUAUUCCAACCUCAUAACCUCCCUCCAAAAGAACGAAAGUUUCCUAGAGGCUGUUAAAUGGUCACUGUGGAUGAAGCAGAUGGAAUCUCAUUCUGAGCUCUGCCCAUCAUAGAUCUGCUAGCCAGUAAUUGCAUGCUAUGAAUGAUAAAUAUGACUCUGCUCCAAUCAGAUAGGACCUUUUGUGUCUGAAUAUAAGAAAAAGGCCAUCUGUCUUAACUUUAUUUUUGCUGUAAAUGAGCAUUCUCUACAAGGUAAGCUUCAGGUUAGUGCCUUCACUGCUUGUCCUUGUCUACAUCUUCCGGUCCAUAUGUAAUUAUAUAUAUCAUCUUGUAAGCAUUGUCUAUAGGCUAGCAAUUUCUAAGCAAGACAGAUUCAAGUUCUCAUAUUGAUCUUCAAGGAUUCCUGAUGUUAUUUGUAUAACUCAUCUCAUAGAUAUUCAACUAUUUAUAGGAAUGUCUGAAAAAAUCAACUAUUUAAUCUGAUUUACAUUCUUCUUCCCUUCCAUACUGUAUUUGUUCAGAUAAUCCAUAGUUUUUUCUUAAAGGAAAUAUUAUUUAUUACAUUUGCACCUUGCUUAAAUUUGUCUGAACUUGGCAUUUGGGCCAAAUGCUCAUUUUUUAUAGCUUGGCAUUCUCUACAGACAAAUGAACAUGUUUUGAUACUUAUUGCAUGAACUGGAAACUGUGUUUCUGUUUCCACUUCAUAGUUACUAACACAAGUUUUACACAGAUUUAUGCUGUCUUUUGAAUUCAUUGGGAAAAAAAAAUGAAAGCUUAACUAUGAAAGACACUAUCCUUUGUGGUAGGAACGCAGAUGUUCAGCAAGGGAAGGCUACUCGAGGAUUCGGGCCACCGUAGUGAAUGUUCAGGGAGCCUCUAGACGAUGAGCAAUUUUCUAGAAGGUGAGUACAAACUAGCAAGUAGCAGUUCUGGAUGAGAAUGAUCACACUGAUAAUAAAGCAAUAAGUCCAUCCAAAUGGUGAUCCUUCAGACAAGCAAGCAAAACACUGACAUGGAUGAUCCCAGGGCUUAAGUCUGAAUUUGAGGGAGAGAUUUGUUGGGCGUUCUAAUAUUCAACUUGAUGUUCCGUCUCACAAUCAAUACUCAGGCAAAUUUUAAUGUGUGUUUCAUGAAUGAUGCAUUCAUUCGACGGCAAGAAAUAGCAACAGGCGGCAUUAUUAGUCAAUCCAAGGUAUUUUACUGAAGAUUGGUGAAGUUUAUCAAUCAAUUCACAUCUCAUUUCUUGGUCAGAGGUGAUGAUUUCGUGCGACGAUCCAAAUAUACUUGUAGUCUAUUUCUUUCCGCUAUGGCUUUUUUUUCCUCGAUGUAAUGUGAGAUUUCGAGGGAACACUUGCAAAUUCCCUUGUUUUGGGUAUAUGUGAAUCAUUUUCUCUAAAUUUGGUGUGUCCUUUGUGUGCUGAA